UUCUCUAGCCCACCCUAAUUCCAAACCAAUCCAAACACACGAAACAAAUAAUAAUGGCUGACCUGUGUCGUUAUUGCGUACAUUGAAAGAUGAUAAUAUUUACAUUAUAACUAAGUGACAUUAUUUAGGAUUAAUAAUUUUCAUUUAAAUGAUAAUAAAAUAAAAAAAGUUUUUAAAAAACUAAACUUGGCAUACGCAAAUGUGCAUCACAACAAAUAACAUUAAAAAUAAUAAUAAUUUAUUGUUAUUGUGUCAAUGUAUUUCGCAAUGGGAAGAAAUUGUAAUCAUGGAAUUUUCAAUACUAUUAUUAUUAUAUUAAAUUAAUUUUAUUGUUUUUAAAAAGUCAAGUGUUGUAUUGACGGUAAUGUUGUCAACAUCUGAGUCAUUUAAUUACUGGAAUUUAUCAUCAUCGUAGUAAGAUAUUAAUAAUUAUCAUAAUGGUUCACAUACCGAGUACUUAUAAUUAUGAUUUUUGGGCUAAAACUCCAACUGAAGUUGUUGAGUUGACAUGCCUUAUGCCCAAUGGUGUUGUCAUACCAUUAGAAGCUAAUCGCAAUACUACUUUUGGUGAAAUAAAAGAGGAUUUAUGGGAAGAAGCAAGUAAAUAUCCAUUACAUGGUACAUUAAAAGAUGCACAAUCAUAUGUAUUUUCAUGUAUAAAUACAAAUGCUGAAGCUGAAGAAAUAAGGGAAGAAAGUAGAUUGUGUGAUAUAAAACCAUUCUGUUCCCUGUUAAAAGUUAUCGAGAGAGAAUGUGUUAAAAGUGAUAGAAAUUUAGAUUCCCAAAUAGGUUUAUUAAUUGGUAAAGGAUUACACGAAUUUGCUGCAUUAAAAAAUUCUGAAGUCAAUGACUUCAGAUGGAAAAUGAGACUACUUGGAGACGAGUACGCACAAGCCAGGCGUAAAAAAUUAUGGAAUGAAAAAGUACGGUAUCAAUUUCGACCUAGACUGGCACCAACUCCAGAUAUACCUAAAAAUAUUGAAUCUCGACUUAAAGAUGGCAAUAUAGUUGUCGUUACCAAAUUUGAAAAUACUGAGACAACUUAUACCUUCCAAAUAUCUCAUGAAACAACACCAUAUCAAUUAAUAGUUUUAAUAUUAAAUAAACGUGCUAAUACACUUAUGUCAAGAGGUGAAUUACCAAAUGAUUUUACAUUAAAAAUAUGUGGUCAAGAAGAAUAUUUAAUUGGUGAACAUCCGUUGAUACAGUAUACAUACAUACAAGAUUGUAUAUCUAAAGAUGUAGCACCAACAUUAAUAACAAUAAGUAGUCGUAAUGUUAUGAUUGAUAAUGAUAAUUCAUUAGAAAAUCAAGAACUUGAUCCGCUGAAACGAUCGCGACCAACUUUUUCAACUUUAACGUUACGUAAAAAAGGAAAACAUAUAUCUGCAUUAAAACUUGAUAAUUAUUUUGAGUUUACAGUCAAUGGAAUUUCACGAUUAAAUUGUGACGCUGCUCACCGUACAGUCGAGGUUGGAUUACAAGCUGGUUUAUUUCACGGUGGUAAAUCACUCUGCGAGAGUCGUAAAACCAAAGAAUUGACCGUUUCACCAGAUGGUAGUUGUACCUGGGAUGAAACACUUAAAUUUGAUAUACGUGUUAAAGAUAUACCAAGAAAUGCACGUCUUUGUUUUGUAUUAUACGAAUUAAGUAAAUCAGCAAAAGGCCUGAAAAAUCGUAGACUUAUUAAAGAUUCUAAACAAGAAUAUUUUAUAAAUGCAAUGUGGUGGGCUAAUACAGCAAUUUAUGAUUUUAAAUCACAAUUGAAAACUGGUGCAAUGACACUUUAUACCUGGACAUAUGCUGAAGACAUGCAGAAUGAAGAUUUACUUCAUCCACUUGGUACUGUUGUGUCUAAUCCUCAUAUAGAUCGGGCUGCUGCUCUUAUGCUCACGUUUCCUAAUUACGGUAAAGAUAAAUCCGUUCUUUAUCCAACACCUGAAAAACUUGUGGAAUACGCGACAAAAUUACGCGAGUCAACAGAAGAUAGUAAAGAAAAUUUAAAUAAUGAAUUAGAGGCAAAUGAACAACAAUUAGAGCAAUUAAAAUUAUUAGCUGAACGUUAUCCACUGCAUGAGCUUCAUGAACAAGAAAAAAAGACAAUGUGGGCUUUAAGAAGACAGUGUCUUAAUAAAAUGCCAAAUUUAUUACCUAAAUUAUUACAGUGCGUUGAGUGGAAUGAUCAUAGAGAAGUUGCUGAAGCUACUGCUCUAAUACAGCAGUGGCCAAAAUUACCCGUCGAAAAAGCUCUUGAACUUUUAGAUUUUGCAUACGCGGAUGAAAAUGUAAGAAGUUUUGCUGUUCGUUGUUUAAAAGACUUGAGAGAUGAAGAUUUAAAUCUUUAUUUGCUACAAUUAGUUCAGGCAUUGAAACAUGAAAAUUAUUUGUCAUGUGAUCUCACUGAAUUUUUAUUGAGACGCGCGUUAGAUAAUCAGAGGAUAGGACACUAUUUAUUUUGGCAUCUCAGACCUGAAAUGCAAGUGGCGUCGGUAUCUGUAAGAUUUGGAUUAAUACUCGAAGCUUAUUGUCGAGGUGCUCAACAACACAUGAAACAUUUAAAGAAACAAGUUGAAUUAUUAAAUAAAUUGAAAAUUUUAUCUGAAUUAAUAAAACAACGUAAAGAUCGCAAAGCUGCGUUACAAAUGCUACACGAUUUUUUGCAAGAACCGCAUUGCCAAGAGGCGUUAUCUAAUGUAUUAAAUCCAUUAGAUCCGAGUUAUCGGCUACGGCGAAUUAGAAUUGAAAAAUGCCGUAUAAUGGACAGUAAAAUGAAACCACUGUGGCUCGUAUUUGAAAAUUCCGAUACAUUUGGCGAUGACAUAUAUGUUAUUAUGAAACAUGGUGAUGAUUUAAGGCAAGACAUGUUGACAUUACAAAUGUUUAGAAUAAUGGAUAAAUUGUGGAAGGAAGAAGGUUUAGAUUUUCGUAUGAAUUUAUAUAAUUGUAUAUCUACGGAUCAUAAAACAGGAAUGAUUGAAGUUGUUUUAAAUGCUGAGACUAUUGCUAAUAUACAGAAGGAAAAAAAUAUAUUUUCAGCUACUGCUGCUUUCAAAUGCGGUUCAUUGAUUGCUUGGCUGAAAGACCAUAAUUCGACAAAAGCAGAGCUUGAUAAAGCUAUUGAAGAAUUUACUCUUAGUUGUACAGGUUACAGUAUAGCAACUUAUAUUCUUGGAAUAGCCGAUCGUCAUCCAGAUAAUAUAAUGGUGAAAAAAAAUGGACAAUUGUUUCACGUUGAUUUUGGUCAUAUUCUUGGUCACUUUAAAGAAAAAUUUGGUGUAAAACGUGAACGUGUACCAUUUGUACUCACAAACGAUUUUGUUCAUGUUAUCAAUAAAGGACAAGCGAAAAAAAGUCAAGCUCCUGAAUUUCAAAGGUUUCAAGAAUACUGUGAAACAGCUUUUUCAGUUUUGAGGUGUCAUGGCGGAUUAAUUGUUUCACUUUUUGCAAUGAUGAUAUCAACCGGAUUACCGGAACUUUCAUGCGAAAAAGAUCUCAAUUAUUUACGAGACACUUUGGUACUUGAGAUGACGGAAGAAGAAGCACAAAAUCAUUUUAGGAGUAAGUUUAAUGAAGCUCUUGUUAAUUCAUGGAAAACUUCAUUAAAUUGGGCGUCACAUAAUGUCGCCAAGAAUAAUAAAACAAUAUAAAAUUAGACUAAUUGAUAAUUAAAUGACUAAAUUAAUUAAAAUCUAAUCACAAAAAUAAAACAAAAAAAAAAAAAAAAAGAACAAGUAAGACUGCAAGUGCUCAGAAAUAAUAAAUUUGUUUACAAUUAUUUUGACUGAAAGUGGUUAAUAGUCAGUGAUUUAUUUUAUGAGAUUUCAUAGUUCUUUAAUAAAUAAUAGUAAGACAAAAAUAAUAAAAAAAUAAACAUUGCCAAAUGUGAUAGAGACUUUUUUAUCUUAAGAGUGUAAUGUUCACUUCAAAUGAUGAUGUAAAUGUUAAUCCAUAUGCUCGUGGCAAUUAUUAAAAGAGAUAGCAAUAAUUCAUAAUACAAUAAAAUAAAUAAAUUUUUCAACUAAUACUAAUUUUAAUAAUAAUAUUUGUAUGAUAAUAAUAGUAAUAAUUAUAAACAAUAUAAUCACUGACUCCACUCAUUAGUCUUGUAUAAAAUGACUGUUAAUAUUUCGUAAUUAAUAAUUGGCCGUGUAACUGUAUCAUGAUUAAAUGAAAUUUUAAUUUUUCAUAUACAAUGCAAACAUUUAAAUAAUAAUAAUAAUAAUAAUAAUAAUAAUAAUAAUAAUAAUAAUAAUAAUAAUAAUAAUAAUAAUAAUAAUAAUAAUAAUAAUAAUAAUAACAAUAAUAAUAAUAAUAAUAAUAAUAAUAAUAAUAAUAAUAAUAAUAAUAAUAAUAAUAAUAAUAAUAAUAAUAAUAAUAAUAAUAAUAAUAAUAACAAUAAUACUAAUAAUAAUAAUAAUAGUAAUAAUCAUAAUAAUUGAAUAAAUAAUUAGGAAAUCAAUAGAUAAUAAAAACAAUCUCAUAUGUAUGAUGUAAUUUGACGGUGGUAUUUUGUUCAGAAAUUUAAUUGUUGAGAAAAUAAAAUAAUAAAAUUGCUUUGUAUAUUCGCGGUAAGUUAAAUUUUCCAAUUUAAAAAUAAAUGGAAAAUACAAUUAAUUAUAAAACCAGAGGAGAAAAAAAAAAUAAAAUAGUUAAAUUAAUAUUUAAACAGUACAAUCACUGACGCAGGCACCAUUUCCAAUGCCAAUCAUAUAGACAAGUGCCAAUAUAAAUAGUAUAAAUAAAUUGAUAAAUUAUAAAGUGUCUUAAUGACUAAUAGUAAAGCAGACUAUUAAUUUUAUACGCUUUAAGGGGUUCUAUUCUAUUGAUAUGUUUAAAAUUAUUAAAUUUAUUUAUUGUUAGUAGACGGAUAAAUUUUUUUAUUAUUUUUUAAUUAAGGAAAUACUAUCAAUUACAAAAUUAUUAUUUUACGUUAAAAUAAAAAAGUUAUUCAUGAAAUUAUGAAAAAAAGUUAAAUUUUUUUUUUUUUUUUUUUUUUUUUUUUUUCAAAUUAAUACUUUUGAAAAAUAUUAUAAUGUAUAGAUAAAAGAUAUUGUCGUUGUAAUUAAUUUAUAUGAUCACACUAUGAAUUCGACAAAGUUUAAAAUUUUAAUAAAAAAUUAUUUUAUUUCUUUUUAGAACACUCAAUUCCGGGAAUAAUUUAGAUCUAACGAGAUAUAAUUUGAUCAACAUACAUUUAAUUUUGAGGACUUCAACAUCUAUAUUAAUUCUCAAAGACUUUUUGACAUUCAUUUAAAUCUCUUUCGAUCUUUUCUUUUUUUUUUUUUCUAUAAAGUUUCCAAGUUCUCUUUUAAAAUUCAAAUUUUUUUGAAUUUUACAAUCUGGUAGUGCUCUACUGUCGCAAAAUGUCAAAGUAGGGUUGUCAUCAACUCAAUUUUAGCUUUACCCCACGUAAAUCUAACUUAUUUUCUUCUUGAGUAUAAUUCCAUCAUAAACGCAUAUCAUUAUAAUAUUUUUCUAUCUGAGUAUUUAAAAAAAAAAAAAACUUAUAAUUUCUAAACUAAUUACUGUACAUUAAUAACUUUUAAAAAUACGCACAAAUUUACAAUAUUCCACGUACACAUUUUAAAUUAAUAAUUAUUUAAACAUAUUCAUUAUGAAGAACAAUUUCUAUAAACCUAAAAAUACGCUUUUUGUCAGCCGACAAUUUGAAAAAUUUAAAAGAUAAUUUCCUUAAUUAUUUUGAAUAUAUAUUAAACUUGGAUAAAAUUUAUUCUCUAUAAAAAAAAAAAAUUUGAUUUUAAAAUAUUAAAAUAUUAAAAUUAAUUUGAAUAACAUUUUAAUUUAAUUUACUUCUCUAGUACUAUUAUAGCUUUAAAAUAAUAUAAAUAUUAUAUGAGCUCACUGGAAAUACGUAAGUGUCUGAUAUGACACCAUAAUAAUAAUAAUAAUAAUAAUAAUAAUAAUAAUAAUAAUAAUAAUAAUAAUAAUAAUAAUAAUAAUAAUAAUAAUAAUAAUAAUAAUAAUAAUAAUAAUAAUAAUAAUAAUAAUAAUAAUAAUAAUAAUAAUAAUAAUAAUAAUAAUAAUAAUAUUAAUAAUAAUAAUAAUAAUAA